UUGUUUUGUUAUGUUCAAGCGAGUGAACACUGAUUUCAUAGCCACUCCUGUGGAUGAAAUUUCCGAUGAGUGUCGCUUCUGGAACCAAUAUCGCCAUCCACUCAAUUUGAAGCUCCUCUCCAGAGUACAGUCAAUUAAGUUUAAAAAUCUGACCUCACAUUCGUUUCUCUGCGCAAAUUCAAACAAACUCGAGUAUUUCGAGUCUCGAAAUGGACAAACAACAGCGUUCGGGUUCCAAGAAAAAGUGAUUUGCUGUGAUAUUCGCAAAGAUGACGCCAUGUUUUCGGGAGGCGACGACAAAGGUUUCAUUCGUGUUUUCGGAGCCAAUCAAAAGAAACCAUUACGAAAAAUCAAAGCACACGACCUGGUUGUAAACGAUAUGAAGUUCACACAAAAUAAAAUUUCGUUAAUUUCGUGUUCGACAGAUUUGAAAGCGAAAGUUUUUGACAUUGCAACAGGUGCUGUUACUUUUACAUAUGAGGGAUUUAAAGAUAAAGCGACGUGCUUAGAUGUGAAACGAAACUCGAUAGACUAUACUUCUUUUAUUUGCGGCUCUUAUGAGAAAAGUGUUCGUAUAUUUGAUACACGAGCUGAUAAUCCGGUGGUCGCUACUAUAGACCACAAAGACGCUGUAGAUACCGUGAAAACAUUCGCCAAUGGAACCCUUUUUGCGUCCGGCGGGGGAAGAGUUGUGAGCAUCUGGGACAUGAGAAAGAGUUCAGAACCUCUCAAAGUUUUAGCUGAGCAUCAUAAACAUGUGAUGGAUCUGGCACUGAAUUCAGACGAAACCAGACUUUUAAGUGCAGGCAUUGACAGGCUGAUCAAAAUCUACGAUACAGAAUCGUUCCAAUGUGUGCAUACUUUAACAUAUCCGGCUCCGAUCUUGGCUUUCGACCUCUCAAAUGAUGAUAAGUUUUUGGCUGUUGGAAUGUCGGAUGAAAGCAUUUCGGUCAAAUUUAAAGUGGAACAAAAGUCCAAAGAUUCUCAUGAAAAAGUCAGUCAUAGCCAGAGAAAAAGAAAAAUAAUGGAUUCUUUAGCAUCAGAAUCUGAAGAUGUGAGACUUGCAGUGCCUCACAUUCAGCAUGAGAAAAGACCUCAUUUGACAAAAACUGAGAAGUUACUUAAAAGUUUUGAUCAUACUGGAGCUCUGAAAAAAGCACUGGAAACAGAAUGCAGCCAAAACAACGAAACUCUAUUUUCGAUUUUGUUUGAGUUUGAACGUAGAUGUGUUUUGGACACUGUCUUGAAAGGACUUGACCUACGAGAUACGGUCAAGUUGAUGCGAUACAUUCACGAGUCUUUAUGCAACCCUCCAAUGCUGCAGCUUUUGACUUCCACAUAUGGAAAGAUGUUGGUGCUUCAUGGAAACAACAAGGACUUUGUGACUCACCCUGAGAUUAAUAAGUACUUGAAGGGAAGUCUGCAAAAGGUGAAAAACAGACUAAAAGCAUCAGAUGAGAUGAUCAGUUUUGCAUCUCAGUUUGAAAUGCUGGAAAGUGCUAUGUGCAAUCACUACAAAGACUAUGCUCCGAAGUGUUUGUUUUCUGAAAAUAACAAAAUUGAAAAUUGAU